AAAAUGCACAAUCACAAUGCUUUUAUUUACACAAACUACCAACACGGGUACGAGUGUGGCAAGAGUCCCUACUAUAUAUUAACGUUAGUAGUUGCAGGUCGGUUCUGCUGUAUUGCAAUGCGUUUGUUGAGUAGUAAACAAUGCUUUCACUUUUAGUUUGUUUUGCAUGCGUCACCUGAGCUGAUGGUGCUGACUGGUGAGUAGUACGGGUCAUGAAUACCCCCGACCUUGUUCAAAUCGAAGAACAAGCAGUUCAGCACAAUAAACAUUGAACAUUUGAAGGCAAGAACUAACUACCUGACCUUUUUGAUCCAAGUUCGUUUCGUUUGAAUAUCAACAAGCGAGAUGCUGCCAAGCGCAGGCUAUUUCCGCGGCGUGAAUUGUCCAUUCUUCGCAAGUGGUCUAUGCCAUCGACCUUAUUGCCAUUUCAAACAUGGCAAAGUCAAAGCAGGGUCUUCGGCAUCACGCCUAGCGGACAUUUCAGGCACUAAUAGUCUGGAGAGUUCAGCCACUGAUGCUGCUGCUGAAGAUGAUCAUAGUGGAGAUACUGCUAGUGGCGACGGUGCUGGUGUUGCUGCUGAUGUUAGUGCUGCUGCCAGUGUUGCUGGUGCUUCUUCAACGAAAAAGCACACACCAUCAUCUCCCAAGAAACCGGUAGCUGUGGCGGAGCCAACAGCAACGGCAGCUGCAGUGGAUUGUCCGCAGCCAGCAGCAUCGACCGCCAGCGAAGCUAGUCAGCCAUCCUUGAACCUGGCUUCAGAGGCGGUGCGGGCAAAACCAAGCCAUCCGUUUGCUAUAGAAUCAGCUAGCAAUAACAGCAGCAGUAGCAAGCAAGGGACAGUGGCAAGCACACCUCAGCCAACUCUUGUAGUAGAUAGUGGGAAGAAGACUGGUAAAGAUGAUGGUGCUGGUUGUAACGUUAGUAGUAGUAGUAGCAGCAAGGAAACUGAACCUUUGCUAAAUGUCGUCAUAGUACCUGACAUCAGUGACUUUGCCACUACUGCUAUAUCGUCACUGCUAGCUACUCAAUCUGAUAGUGCUAAGCAGACUGGCAAUGACAGUACAGCUGACACUGGUGCUAGCGGUAGUGCUAGUGGUAGUAUUCCACAUUAUAGUCCACCUCCAUCGCCAUCACCUCCCAGCUCUCCAAGUUUCUCUCCGCCACCAUCAUCAUCACCCUCACCACCGAAUGAAUUUGCUGCAAAUUACGAUAGUGACGAUAUUGCAAGCAACAGCAGCAGUAAGAAGAAAGGUGGCCCUCGGAUGUUGCUAAGUUAUCAGACACGACCUGAAGACUUUGAUCCUGCUGAUUACACCGGCAUCUCUGUGGGAGCAGAGUCAACAAAUGAUGCAGAAGCUGCAGCUCCAUUGGAAGAUGAUGAUGAUGGUGGUGACAAUGAUGGUGAUGACGGUGCUCUCCAUGUUGCUGAUGACUCCCUAGAUACACCCAGUGCAUAUCACGACAUCUAUAAUGAGCCCACAUCCAUUUUGGACCUGGAGGAAUUACUCAACGCCUAUAGCACGACCAAUACAACUAGCAAUGCCAGCAUUGACACCAACACCAGCACCACCAGCAGCAACUACAGGUCACACGAAAGUAAACCUGUUAUCCUGUCGUCUGGUCUGACCAUCAUUCCUGAUCAUCCCAAGUCCAAAAAGAAGCCCAACAAGGAGAAGAAACGUGAAGAGCAAGCCGCACCAACAAAGUAUGACGAGCGAGACAAGAAGUAUCAGGUUCAAGAUAGCAUGUCUGCUGAGGGCCGUAACAAGCGUCGACUGGCUCACACUGGUGCAGCUGCAGUACACCAACCACGCGGUCGAUCAGGCACUGUACCCUUACGAAGGCGACCAAUAGUAGCAGGAAUGCCUGCCUCAGCAGUAGCUGGCAGCCAGGAACCUCCAGCAAACCUCAAGCCCGGUCAAGGUUAUGAUAACGAUGUGUACAGCAGUAUUGUUAGAAAGAGAGUUGCUCAUCCUAGUGGCCCAGCUGAUACUCCAUCUUCAUCAUCCAGUCAAGAAAGUCCUGUCUCUGCUGUGUCUCCCUCUGCUAGUUCUGCCAGUAGUGGCACUGCUGUCAGUUCUACUUUCUACAAGGACCAGGGAAAGAAAGCAGCAGCGGCAGUGCGCCGACCCAUGCUGCCGCUUCAUCUGGGUGGAAAGAUUCCCAGGAACAUUCGCCAGCGAGUGCUGGACCAGUUUUUCGACCUGUAUGUUGCCCAAGGCAUGGCUAGCACUGAAGCUCACGACUUGGUGAUGUCAGAAGAAUCAGUCAUAUUCAAGCGUGCCACAACGCGGCAGCUCUACAACAACCUGACGGCUGUGAAGCUCGGUCGUCUGCGUACUCAGAUCCAGAACUCUUCUGAUCAAGGGAGUGAUGGUGGCAGCGCAAUGCGUUCGUCACAAAAUGUCUCUGAGGGCAAUGGCAGUGGCAUGUUCAAGAAAUCCGCGCACCGCGUUGCUGCCACACCGUCCUGGUCCACAAGUGCACAGUCCACAACGGUUGCACGUGAUAAACAGCCCGUCGCUGCUGUUCAAUCCAGAUCCGCAAACCCCGCUGGUGGCGGCGAUCUCUUUGCAUCACCCAGCCCAGCCGCAACAUCCAGCAACGCUGCACAUCGUAACAGUGUAGCACGUGCUCGGACGGUGGACAACAGUUCUAGUGCUAGUUCUGGUGUGGGUGCUGGGCUUGGCAGGGCAAAGCUUAGUAUCAGCGGUAAGAGCGUCAAUCCCUCUCUUGCUGCGGCCAUGCAGGACCUAGUGGCCGUCCACGAUAAGGCAGCGGUAAAGCAGUCGCGCACUGGCCAGCUUCACUCGGCUACGGGAACAAAGCGGAAAUCACGUCCUGAAGAUGAUCUGCUUUCCGGUCUCCUGCCGUCCGCGAAGAAAUCGUCACUUUCUGCCGGCCCUGGCAGAGCCGCUGCAUUGAGUAGUAUGAAAAUACCGAAGGUCAAAUCCACGGCUAGCUCAUCAGUGAGUACAGCCAGUGCUAGUUCAUCAUUCACAUCAUCAGCAUCGUCAUUGCCACGGCCUAAUGUGCCAGGCAGGUCCAGCACCAAAGCAGCACCGAAAGUAAAUGGAUUGGGCCAGAGAGCCACAUCUUCAUCAACAGCUGGUACCAAGAAAGCUGCGGCUGGCAACUCAAGUAAACGCAAGGCCAGUCCACUACCAUCACCGACAUCAGCAAUGACAGCAUCAGCAACAUCACUAGUGGCAUUUAGUCAAUCUGGAGCAGGUGCACGCAAGGCUAGCAAGCCUGUUCAAGAAGAACUCACCGAAAGCCAGUUCUACGCAUUCUUAGAGCAGUAUAUAGCAACAGAGCGACAGCUACAUGACAAUGGCUAUCCUCAACCAACUCAGGUACCUAGCAAAGCGAUCAUACCGCAUAUUGAAGGUCGGCGAAAACCGCAUCCUCCACAGAUCUUGUCAGCAGAAGAGGUACGAUAUUUCUGCUCACGCUGUGGAACUCCAUUUGUGGUGAAGCGUAAUGAAGUCUAUCAAACCGAAACAUGCACGUAUCAUUUUGGACGGGCACACAAGCAUAGAGAGAGUGGUAUUAUGGUGGCUACCUACUCUUGUUGCUCCACUGAUGCUGGAUCUACUGGAUGCCAGGUUGCUAAGAAUCAUGUGUGGGACGGUCAGCUACCAAGUGAAAUGCCUAUAGGUGGCUAUGUGACGACAAAAUCUAUUCCAACAUCGAAUGAUGCGGUGCUUAACAACCCCAAGUGCUUCUCCUUGCUCUCUGCAGAGUUGCUGUGUGGGGAUCGCCCGAGAGUGUUGGCAUUUGAUUGUGAAAUGUCGUACACAACCAUUGGCCUCUCGCUGACUCGCAUCACUGUGAUUGACUUCAAUCUGAAUGUUCUAAUGGACACACUGGUAGCGCCCAGAGCACCCGUAGUAGACUAUAAUACUCGUUUCAGUGGUGUGACAGAUAGUGACUUGAGCGGAGUGUCCACUCGCCUGGAGGAUGUACAGGAAGUCUUGCUCAGUCUCAUUGGCACUGACACUAUACUGAUUGGGCACAGCUUGGAAAGUGAUCUCAAGGCCAUCAAGGUUAUGCACAAUCGCGUUGUGGAUACCUCGCUUGUUUUCCCGCACAAGCUGGGGCCGCCGUACAAGAAAGCUUUGAAGACUCUCGCUGCAGAGAAACUGAACCGUGUCAUUCAGCAGGACGACUCUGGCCAUAGCAGUGCUGAGGACGCCAUUGUUGCCAUGGAAAUCAUGGUGCAGAAGAUCAAGGAAGAUAUACGCAAGUCAUCGCGCAAGUCCUCCACAGUUCUGGUGCGCAAAACAGGAUUCUAAUGGUGAGCGUCUGCAGUCUUGCACCCAGGCUGGGCCGCACACACAACCUAUAUCCCCGGCAAUGACAAUAUCAACAACGCUGGUGUGUCAGGCUGAUGCUGUGUGGUGGGAACAAGCGUGUGCAUCUAUUGGUGGGAACAAGCGUGUGCAUCUAUUGGUGCAGCUGUGCACAGUGCAUUGUUAUGCGUUUGAAAGCAAGGUACGGUCGGUUGUUGUCGUUCUGUAUUGAGGCUGUAUGUUGUUCAUGUAGUUGUUACCUUGAUAGCAGUUAUGCAUAUGCUGUAAUACCAUGCACCCUGGCAAAGAGCUAGUUGUGAACUGUGCAUGUGAAUAAAAUCACAUCACACUGCUAUACCCCACAUAACUAAUACUCAAUGUAGACCUCCGUUGGAGAAGGCUGGCUCCUUUUCAUCCAUAAUGUUGUCAGCAGGCAUCCGUAAAGGCAUCUAUCAAGCACUAUGGACUGCUUAGCUGCACUCAGAGCUAACCUGGAGUACUAGGGAUUGCUUAGCUGCAUCCAGAGCUAACCUGGAAUGCAGUUGCAACGUGUUACUUCUGCUUGGCACGCUCUAAACGUGCCGCCGUAUUUAUUCUCACCAGUGCAGCCUCUCCUGGGGCCGUGCUGGUCCUGCAGGCUGUGUUGGCAUUCAGACAACCAACGUAUGCCAGGUGAUGCUGCUGCUGCUGCUGUGUUAUACAGCUGAGAGUUUCCUGGCAGCAUGUAAACUACAAUGUGAUAUCACUUGUUUUUUACAUAAUGCUUGUGUUCUUUCCCCAUUGAUCAGCUGUAUAGCGUGUUUCAACGUUGAUUUUCGUGAAAUUUCUUAUUUUUCUUGUGUUCUCUUAGUGCAGUAUAACGAUAGGCAGCUAUUUUUACCGUUCUACUUUUGAUUCCAUAGCAGUUUUUGUAGUUUUUGGAAAGGUUUUGCUCUUCGCCCACUGUUUUACGUUCAACAUGCACGUUUGUCGUGCAGAGUUUUAACCUUGAUGAACCCCACAGUGGGCAACCUCACA